UUAAUUAGUGUUUUAAUUUUUCAUUGAUAAGUUUUAAGUUAUCAGCUGUUUGUUAUGUGGCAGUUAACCGGCCGCGGUGAGUAACCUAACUUGAGUUCAGUACUGAAGUGGAAUUUACGGGGAGUUAUGUACGCUUCAAUUUAGGUUUAAUUUUUAAUCUGUAUACCUAGUAGAAAAGUUUUUUAACUUAAUAGACAAGAAAUAACAACAGUAAAUGUCAAUGACCUUUACACCUGGACCUUGAAUAUUGAAGCUUAUCUUGGAGUUUCUGGAAGAAUAGCGCCAUCGAACGUUCCACCAUGACGGAAGGCAGCUAUGGGAGGGUGUCUCCGUUCUUGAGACAGCUACUUGCAGUAAGUGGAGUUGUGAUGUACAUGAUCGGGACAGGAGCUAACAUCGCCUUCCCAGGAGUGUUGCUGCAGCAGCUCAGGGAGCCAGGGUCAGCGCUGCGGCUCACCCCGGAACAUGAAUCUUGGAUAGCCUCAAUUCUGGGCCUGGCGCUGAUUGCCGGCAUUGUGGUGGCUCCAUUCAGCUUGCAGAAGUUGGGCCGUAAACUGACCAACCAGUUGAGCUCUCUACCGACCCUUGGGGGCUGGGCGCUAUUAGCUACAGCUAAAGGACCUACAGCAUUGCUUAUCAGCAGAUCUUUACUGGGUUUCGGCAUGGGCGUCCAGGCAGCAGCUGCACCUGUUUCCAUAGCUGAGUACUCUGCUCCAAAGCAUCGAGGAGCCUUCCUCGCCACCAUCGCCUUCUCCUUCGCCACCGGAAUGUUAAUCGCACAUGUUUUUGGAACCGUGCUGUACUGGAGAUCAGCUGGACUUGCUUGCGGAAGCGUCUACGUCCUAUCCUUAAUUCUGGUAACAUUAUCACCAGAAACACCUCCAUACCUUGCAUCUAGAGGCUUAGUAGAAGAGUGCAGGAAAUCUUUCCGUUGGUUCAGAGGAUACGAUCCUAGUGCAGAAAAGGAAUUGGAGAUACUACUAAACAGUCAGAAGAAAACUACUGGAACAAGACGUGGAUCUAGAUGGCAGGCAUACAGACAAAUAGUCAGGAAGCCAGAGUUUUACAAACCGACCAUCAUUAUGAUGUUCAUGUUCGUAUUGUUCCAAAUAUCAGGGAUGACAGUAGUCCCGUCCUAUACUGUGCCAAUGAUGAAUGAAGUCAGUGGUGGUACCAUCGACUCCCACGUUAGCAUGUUGAUGGUAGACGUCGUCAGGUUCGUGACAGCUGUUCUCUCUUGCAUCGUCGUCAACAAAUUCAACCGACGAACCGUUCUCUUCCUUGGAAUUAAUAUCAGCGUAGUGUCUUUACUAAUUACUUCCAUCCUACUCUACCUCAGAGAUUACGGCUACAUAGCUGAUGGGUACAAGUGGACUCCAGUUAUUCCUACCCUAAUAUACAUUUUUGGAAAGACUUUAGGUAUCCUACCAAUACCCUGGGCUAUCGCUGGAGAGAUAUUUCCUUUGGAAUACAGGAGUUUGGGAAGUGGUAUUUCUGGAAUGUUCCUCUCGAUUAUGUUCUUCGUUGUUGUGAAAACUGCACCAUUUUCGUUUCAGCAGAUUGGUGUCAGUGGCACUUUCUGUGUAUAUGCAGUUUGCAUUGCCAUUUGUGGCAUAUUCUUGUACUACUUGCUGCCAGAAACUAAAGGAAAGACGUUGUACGAGAUUGAGUGUCACUUUAAAGGGAUUAAAGGUGAAAUUGGGCAGAAUGAGCCACAUGAGGGGGAGAAGAUGUUGGAAUUAAAGAAUGUAGAAUGUAGAUGAAGAGGAACGAGGGAUUCCAGGAUGUGCUUUACUGCUUCGGUGCAGUUGGAGGGAGGAGUGGCUUUAUUUAACACGUUCAAUGCUCCGGAGCUGCAAAUAUCUUGUGUUGGUAACGUCA